AUGGCUCCCCCAGUUCCUGCUGCCACUGCCCGACGCGGGUCGGAGUUUACACCUCGAAACGAGACCGACAUCAUCAGCCGACUCCAUUCAGAGGCUCUCGAUACACCCACUUCGCUGAGCGGACGACUUGGUAUCUCCAAGACCAACCACGCGCGUGCGAAACUCGACUACAGCUCGUCUGACUCCGACGCUGAAUCUUCGCAGCAGAACCGCGGCCGCAAACCAAAACACUCUCGCUCCAUGAGCAAUCCAUUCCCGUCCCUCUUCAGCAGUCGGAAGAGGCAAGGCUCAGCAUCGAAGCCCUCUGUUGACGUGGACAAGGCGAAUGUAGGCCCUACUCCGAACAAGCAGGUGAAUACGCAUAGGAGAGGAAGUCCUACCAGGAGCAGGGACUUUGCCACUGGCAACUGCAUGACAUGUGCCUCUCUGGUAAAGUGGCCCAAGGACUUGAAGGUCUUCAAAUGUACCAUUUGUAUGACCAUCAAUGACUUGGUUCCGAUUAGUGUUGAUAGUCAAAGCUCGAGACAGCGCCAUGACAGAAGCCCAGGGCCAUCAGCGUCAAGACAGCCGCCAGUGUCUCCGGGUAUAGCACCAAUCCAAAGCCCCAGGACGGGUCCUUUUGGGCAUCUUACUCUGCCCAUCUCUCUCGACCAAACCAAGCAACUGGCCAGGCAAAAUCUGCGAUCUUAUGUCCUCAGGAGGCUUCGCGGCAUGUCCGAAGAGGCUACAGCUGAGCAGACUUGCGAUGAUCGGCCUUCAUACCAAGAUCGACUCCAUCCGGGUCUUGCCGUGCGAACCCGUAUGCCACUGGAAAUUCCUCAGGGGAGGAAGGGCUCAAUCACGAAUUAUAUCUUCAGUGAGGACCCAACGUUGCAUCACGGUGCCUCAAAUAACAAUCCUCCGAUUGCUAUGUCUAGAUCCUAUCCCUCCUCUCCCUCCGAGCACCCUGGCCAAAGUUUCCCGCCAUCAAACAGCAAUCAUGCCGGCCCACGCUCACGAGAUCGGUCUGCUGGCCAGACUGAUGACCCUAGAAAGAUAUUCAAACCACUAGAAGAUUACAUUACGAUAUGUUUUAGUAGCUUUGAAUGCGUUAAUUCUUCCUUUUCCACCCAACAUCCUCGGUAUGCCUCAAGAUCCACAAGCGAUACCCCUCGGCGGCCAUCAGUCCCCUUGAAAGAUACGCGGCAACCCACGCCGAUAAAGAGCGCGCCCCGUAGGCCAUCUCAGAUGGAGGUUGACUCUCCUAUAUUUGAUUUGGAUCCGAAGCUACUCUUGCUCGGUGAUGUUGCGGAAAAUGGGCUGUGGUGGACUGGGCAGGACACCAUGGCUCCUAAGAAACCACCUACUAAAGAGGAGACAGCUCAUAUUCACCGGCCACCUCCUCUGACAAAAUCACCACAGCUGAAUUGGACCGAUAUUGAUGAGUGGUACUCGAUUGUGAACAAUGCUGCAGAGGGCUGGUUCACGAUCUUUGAAGAAGUCUCGGGAGAUCUUUCUCUAGGACAACUUGCCGAACAGGAGCUUCUUGCUAUUGAGCAGGAUGUCCUAAAAGGACAGGCUCAUCUUCAGCGAGUGCUACUUAAAGUUACAGAAAAUCUGCUCAAAAGACCAGGGCGUCCGAUUAAAGACCCAAUGGAUCUACGAUUCCUUCUGAUAGCCAUGGAGAAUCCAUCGCUCUAUGCGGAGAAUGAAAAUUUCCAUGGAGUACUUCAAUUAGAAGUAAGCAAGUCUAUGCGAUCGAGACCAGCGGGAUCGAAAGAUUCUAUGGGAAACUCCGGUCCCAUAUCAGGGCAACAUUCCGGUAUCAUCAAACGAAUAGUGGGAUUGAUCUCGAAUUCCUCGGUAGAGUGUCAGAACCAAAUGGUUACUUGGCUGGCUAGGUACCAUGCCCCGCGCUUUAUCAAAGUGAAAGAGCUUGUGUCGGGAUUUUUGACGUACAGGAUGAUUCGACAAAGCGAGAAGAAGCAAGCCGAUCAGUCGGUGGAUUUGACAGCCGGAUUGAUACCACAAAUGCAAUCUGGCCGACAUGGCGGUGCGUCUCUUCAUGAUGCGAUAGGGGGUCCCAGGCCGACGAAGAAGCCUAAAGAGCCAAUCAAAAAGAUAUCCUACUCAGACGACUGGCAAAUCAAAGCUGCUUCCCGCGUUCUUUCUCUCUUGUUUUCUGCAAAUAAUGUUUUGCCCACUCGUCGCGGGGAAGACGCUCAUCCUAAUGGCACGGUCACUUGGAAUGGGACCGGCCGCGUUGCUGGCUACUUUCUGCCGCCCACUGAUUUUUACAAUUCUAUGAUAGACUAUGCCGACCUUGUUGAGGACUUUGAGUCUUGGGAAUCUAGGCGGAGCAAAUUUUCUUUUUGUCAAUAUCCCUUCCUUUUGAGUAUAUGGGCCAAGACCCACAUCCUAGAGCAUGAUGCCCGUCGGCAAAUGCAGAGCAAGGCCCGAGAUGCUUUCUUUGAUAGCAUUAUGACUCGAAGAAACAUCAACCAAUACCUGUUUCUUGAUGUCCGCCGAGACUGCCUUGUUGAUGACAGCUUAACGGCAGUAAGCAGCGUCAUUGGCAGUGGUGGUGAAGAUCUGAAGAAAGGUCUACGCAUUUCUUUUCAGGGAGAGGAAGGAAUCGACGCAGGCGGUCUUCGUAAAGAAUGGUUUCUGCUCCUCAUCCGUGAAGUGUUCAACCCCGACUAUGGAAUGUUUAUAUAUGACGAUGACUCUCAGUAUUGUUACUUCAAUCCUAAUUCGUUCGAACCAUCUGACCAGUUUUUCUUGGUUGGCGUUGUCAUGGGUUUGGCUAUUUACAAUUCUACUAUUCUGGAUGUUGCUCUGCCUCCAUUUGCUUUCAGAAAACUUCUUGCAUCGGCUCCCUCUCUUGCUGGAACAAUUCCACAACAGCAUAAGCCAGUGAUGAGAUAUACACUGGAUGAUUUAUCUGAAUACCGCCCGCGGUUAGCGAACGGCCUUAGACAACUCUUAGCCUUCGAUGGCGAUGUCGAAGAGACGUUUUGCCUCGACUUUGUCAUUGAAACAGAUAAAUAUGGCUCCAAGGUACAAGUACCUCUCUGCCCCGGGGGUGAAAACAAACCCGUGACGAAUGAAAAUCGGCGAGAAUAUGUCGAUCUUUAUGUGCGAUACGUGCUUGAUACAGCAGUUAAGCGACAGUUUGAGCCCUUCAAGAGAGGCUUCUACACGGUUUGUGGCGGCAAUGCCUUUUCUCUGUUCCGGCCGGAAGAAAUUGAACUCCUUAUUAGGGGUUCUGAUGAAUCCCUAGAUAUUGCGUCUCUGAGGGCCGUAGCAGAAUAUGAUAACUGGGAGAGCAAAACCCCUGACGAAACGGAGCCGGUUGUUGGUUGGUUCUGGGACACGUUCCAACAGGCUACUCCGAGUGAUCAGCGCAAGCUGCUGACAUUUAUCACCGGCAGCGACCGCAUACCGGCGAUGGGGGCCGCUUCUCUAGCGAUCAAGCUGUCUUGUCUGGGUGAUGACUGUGGGAGGUAUCCCAUUGCCAGAACAUGCUUCAAUAUGCUGUCUCUCUGGCGUUAUGAAUCAAAGGAAAAGCUGGAGUCUAUGCUAUGGAGAGCGGUUCAUGAGAGUGAAGGAUUUGGCCUCAAAUAA